CUUCUCUGGCGACCUCUCGCUGGGAGAGAUGGCUGCAAUGAUGCGGGGCAAGGAUUCUUCCCGAUGCCUGCUCCUACUGGCCGCGGUGCUGAUGGUGGAGAGCUCACAGAUGGUGGGAAGCUCGCGGCCCAAAAUCAACUCCAUCAAGUCCUCUCUGGGCGGGGAGAUGCCUGCCCAGGCGACCAAUCGAUCUGUGGGCAUAUAUCAAGGACUGGCUUUCGGCGGCAGUAAGAAGGGCAAAAACCUGGGGCAGGCUUACCCUUGUAGCAGCGAUAAGGAAUGUGAAGUUGGGAGGUAUUGCCACAGUCCCCACCAAGGAUCAUCAGCCUGCAUGGUAUGCAGGAGGAAAAAGAAGCGCUGCCACAGAGAUGGCAUGUGUUGUCCUGGCACCCGUUGCAAUAAUGGUAUCUGCAUCCCAGUCACUGAGAGUAUCCUUACUCCACACAUCCCAGCUCUGGAUGGCACUCGGCACAGAGAUCGAAAUCAUGGUCACUAUUCAAACCACGAUUUGGGAUGGCAGAAUCUAGGAAGACCACAUUCUAAGGUUUCACACAUAAAAGGGCAUGAAGGAGACCCCUGUCUACGAUCAACAGACUGCAUUGAAGGGUUUUGCUGUGCCCGUCACUUCUGGACCAAAAUCUGCAAGCCAGUCCUCCAUCAAGGGGAAGUCUGUACCAAACAGCGAAAGAAGGGCUCUCAUGGGCUGGAAAUUUUCCAGCGAUGUGACUGCGCUAAAGGCCUUUCCUGCAAAGUAUGGAAAGAUGCCACCUACUCCUCCAAAGCCAGACUUCACGUGUGUCAGAAAAUCUGAUAACCAGUGGGGGAAAUCAU